UAUAUAUUUCCGGAAGUUGUAACACCGCGAAACUGGGUGAGCGCCUCACAAACAGUUGGACGUUGACACUGAAAGUUUUUUUUGUUGUUCGUCUUAAGCGAUAGUUACAGGCUUAAGACCCACGAUGGCUGAUAAGAUGAGCAUGUCACUGGACGAGAUUAUUAAGAUGAAUAAGAAAGGAGGCAGCAGCCGCGGAGGAGAAUCGUCAGGGCAGAGUGGAAGUUCGGCUCGGGCCGGUGGGUCGUCGAGACCAGUGCGGAAUCGACAGGGAAACUUCAACCGUGAGAGAAACAACAGAUCCACACCGUACACCAGGCCCAGAGAGUUACCAGACAAAUGGCAGCAUGACAUGUUUGAGGAACACAAUAGUGGGUACAGAGGACAAAGCGUGGGAGCUGAAAGAAGUGCAGAAAGUAGUGGCAAGCUACUGGUUUCCAAUCUGGACUUUGGUGUCUCUGACUCGGAUAUCAAGGAUCUGUUUGCAGAGUUUGGGGAAUUAAAGAAAGCAUCUAUACACUACGACCGGUCCGGUCGUAGUAAAGGAACGGCAGAUGUUCACUUUGAAAAUAAGGCAGAUGCACUAAAAGCCUUGAAGCACUAUAAUGGUGUCCCACUUGAUGGACGUCCCAUGAAAAUCCAGCAAGUGACUUCAGAGACUGACACACUGCGUAGACAGUUGACACAAAAUUCAAACAGAGGAUUUGACCGGAGCAGGCUUGGUCAGCCCAUGUUUGAAAGGAAGGAAAGGAGUGAAAGGAGUGAAAGGAGUGAAGGAAGGCAAGGUGGUGGCAGUGGAGGUUUCAGAGCUCGGGGGAGAGGAAGCAGAAACAGAGGCCAACUAUCAGCAGAAGAGUUAGAUGCCCAGUUGGAUGCUUACAAAUCUGAGGUUCAGAUGGACACCAGUUAGAAGCAUUCAGAGGACGGUGCUUGUGCUGCCCCUCGGGUUUUUAAUCUGAUUAUUAUACUUGCGUUUUGAAGCCAUGUUAUUUUAUGGACCAUUGAUUUUAAUAUUUAUCUGUCAUGUUUUCUGAUGCAAUUUUAUAUUUUGGUAGUUCCUGUGCUCUUUUCCUGAUGUAUUUCAUUUUUUUUUCUUAAUCAAGUGAACAUGAUUCAGUGGUUUGACAGUUGCUUUAUUCUAUAGUUAGAAAUGUUAAAUGUCAGUGUACAUCAGUUCAUCAUCAUGAACAUAUUUCAGAG